UCACAGCCCCCCCAUCGCGUUUCCAUCUUAAAUCCUAUUUGCUAUUGUACCUGCCCAAUAGCAGAGAGCGCCAGCGCGCUUUAAGUCAGAUGGCAUUUCCACUGCGCGUCAUUACAAUACAACCAGAGUUUGGUGCAGGGAUCCCUGGCUUUUUUCCAGUCCAGACCAUCCUCUGGAGAGGCCUGGACUCAACAUCUUUUUUUUCUUUGUAUUUUCACCACAUCUGCAUACUUUUUUUCUCUUCAAAAUUGAUUUUCUGCCUCUAAAAGUUUUUAAUGGUUAUUCAGAUUGGACAAUAAGCGGUGAUGGCAGAAUCUGACACUCAGGAGACUCGCCAAGCCGCAAAGGAUUCACCUUUCUCCAUAAAGAACCUGCUCAACAUCGAGGACAAGCCAGUGAAGCCCACCCUCCCACUGGGGUCUUCCAAAGGAGUUUUUGAAGGCAGCUUUUUCUCCAGACUCAGUGAGCUGUCUCUGCCUCGGUUAGAGUUGCCCGGCCAAAGGAUCGGACUGUCGGCUCAGUAUUUGGAGAGAGCGUCUGCGUGGUGGUACCCAUACACUCUGGGAGCGCAUUUUAGGACUGCUUCAGUUCCAGAAAAGACCAAUCAGAGGGAGGAGGAUAUUCGCAGCCCGGAUCUCCAAAAAAAUAACCAAGAUAAAGAGGAGAGCGCCGAUGAUGACCUGGCUCUGGAUGAGAGCGACGCCGAUGAAUCCAAGAAGGAAACCGACCAGGAGGAGGACUGGAGGAGAAAAACAGACGAGCUAGACUCAGACAAGAAGCCCUGCAGGAAGAAAAAGACGCGCACCGUGUUCUCCAGGAGCCAGGUCUUCCAGCUGGAGUCCACCUUCGACAUCAAACGCUACCUGAGCAGCUCGGAGCGGGCCGGCCUGGCCGCGUCUCUGCACCUCACCGAGACGCAGGUGAAGAUCUGGUUCCAGAACCGGAGGAACAAGUGGAAGAGGCAGCUGGCCGCCGAGCUGGAAGCGGCCAACAUGAGCCACGCCGCGGCGCAGAGGAUCGUACGGGUGCCGAUACUUUACCAUGAAAGCGGGGCCUCGGACGCGAGCGCGAGCCCCGGUACGAACUCAUCCGGCAGCCAGUCCCUGCUGGCUUUCCCCCAUCACAUGUACUAUUCCCACCAUCCCAGCCCGCUGCUCAGGCCCGUUUAACCAAGGAGCUGCUUCUCAAUGACAAAAAUGGAAGUUUGUAUAUUAUUAUUAUUAUUAGACCAAAAACAUUAUUUCCUCUGGAUUUCAAAAAUAAUGCUUCUAUUUUAAAUGUUUGUUUUUUUUAGUGGUGAGGUUUGAGCAUAAGCUUGUUUAAAACAGGAUAAUCUGUAUAUUCCAAAAAAAAAAUUGCGUCAGUGUUUUGUGCAAAGAACUGUCCAAAUAUUUUCAGCUCUUUAAAUCGUGCAAUAAUGUUGGCUUUUCCGCCUUUUGUUUCACCUAAACCUCCUUUUAUAAAGCGAAACAAGUCUGUUUUGUUUGGUUAGUGAGGACAAUCCUGUGAUUCUGAAGAGAAUACCUGAAAACUGUACAAAAACAGUGAUCUGUUGUUCCUUUUUUCAGUUAUCUUUUUUCUCUUUUUUUAAGUAAGGUUGUAAAUUAAAAGCUAUGACAGAGCCAUUCAUAGCCUUUGUGUAUUUAUUUUUAUUUUCUGAUAUGGGAACUGUAUAUAUUAGUUCUACACGGUCAUUAUAAAAGUUUAAACACCUUUUUUUAUUAUAAAAUUAAUAAAUAGUUCUUUUUUUUAGUUUAUUCAAGGAAUCUGUGUUAAUUUAUUUUAACACUUGUAGAAAAACAUUUCCACACUCACAAAUUUUAAUUGGCUAUUGUUCCCAUUUCUUAAUUUGCAUUUAUGCAGUUAAUAAUACAUUAAAACUGUGUAAUUUUGUGUUUUGCAGAGGUUUAUAGGUGUCACUCUUAUUAAUUUUAUUAAUUUGCAUUGUUACCUUAAAGCUAUAUGAGGGUGCAAGAAAGGCCAAAAUCCAAGGGAUGUAAAAACAAUAAAGAAAAAGUAUCAUCUGUAUGGUUAAAUUGAAUUUGGGAGGUAUAGGUUAUGAAAUGUUGUAUUCUUCAGUAAUGGUUAAAUUCUAACAAUGCAUCUUUGGUAACAAAUCCUAAAGGUUUUGAUUGUAAAUUAUCUAAAUGUGUUCAGUCAAAAUGUUUUCUGAUUUUUGUGUGUGUUGUCAAUCAUAGAAAAGACAACAUGCUGCCAGAUGGUUUAUUAUGAUUAAAUAUCUCCACUUAAUAAAGGCUUAGACCUGUCAUAACUCUUA